UGCUCUGCUUCAGUGUUUAGGUUUUGUUGGGCUGGUUUUAAAAGCUGUUUUAUCAUGUCUGGCCGUGGUAAGGGUGGAAAAGGUUUGGGUAAGGGAGGCGCCAAGCGUCACCGCAAAGUUUUGCGCGACAACAUCCAGGGCAUCACUAAGCCAGCUAUUCGGCGCCUUGCUCGUCGCGGCGGUGUGAAGCGAAUUUCUGGUCUUAUUUAUGAGGAGACUCGUGGCGUUCUGAAAGUGUUCCUGGAGAAUGUGAUUCGUGACGCUGUCACUUACACAGAGCACGCUAAACGCAAAACCGUGACAGCAAUGGAUGUGGUCUACGCGCUGAAGAGACAGGGACGCACUCUUUACGGCUUCGGUGGCUAAGGCUCCUGCUUGUUCCACUCUAUUUUUGUUUUCAAUCAAAGGCCCUUUUCAGGGCCGCCCACUUUUUUCAUAAAAGAGCGGACAUCUUGUUACCCUGCUUUGUUCCAGUUUUUUGCUGAGAAGUAGUUACUGUGCACGUGUGUAGAUUUGCAGGCGGAGUCGCAGUUUCGCCAUGCUGGAGUGAAGUGAGGUGAUCUCGGCUCACUGGAACUUCUGCCUCCCGGGUUCAAGCGAUUCUACUGCCUUAGCCUCCCAAGUGACUACAGGCUCGCGCCACCACGCCCAGCUAAUUUUGUUCUGUGGCUCCUGAUGGAUCUGAGAAGAUGGAUGUGGAGGAUGAAAAUCUGUUUGAUUAUUUUGAACUGAUGUUUGUUGCUAUGGAGAUGCUGCGUAUAUGUUGAUGUUGCGGACGUUAAGUCACUAGCCCACAGCCUUGUAUUCCAUACUCAGAGACCCUGCUACUUACUUGACAUCUCAACUUGAAAGUCCAAUUAAUAUGCACUUCAAACUUUAAUAGGCUUCAAACAGAAUUUCUUUCAUUAUCUCUGCAAAACAGCUUCUCCCAUCAUCUUGAAAUUAGUGAAUGGCAUUUUACUGUUUUAGUUGGAGUCAUUUCUGUGGUUUUCUUUCACAUCCUACAUAACAAUCCAUCAGUAAGUUCUAUGAGCUCUUCUUUGAAAACAAACAGAAUCCAACUGUUUCUCAUUCCCACUUCUGCUCUGGUCAAGCCAUUGCCAACGCUCACCUUUAUUGUUGUAGCACCCUCAUUGCCUAGUUCUGUCCCACAGAUUUCCAAUAAAGGGUGAAUAAAAUCAGGUCACUCUUCUGCUGAAAACCCUCCAAUGACUCUUAUUUCGCUAAAAAGAAAACCCAAAGUCCUUUCAGUACCUUGCAAGGCCUCACUCUCCGGAUCUUGUUAUCUCUUUGGCCUCAAAUCCCACUACUCCUUUCUUUCCUCGCCCAGCUCCGCUAGCCUCUCGAACUUGCUGUAAGUAUGUAUCUCUUUCAGGGACUAUAUAUUGACAGUUCCCUUUGUGUGGGCAACUCAGCUUCUAGAUUUAAGUGUUGCUGCCUCACUUCUUUCAAAUAACACCCUCUGUGUGAGGCUGGUUGUGACCCCACUGGCAUUACAAUCCCGCUCCCUUCCCCAUGGCCUUCCCACUAUAUUUUUCCCUGCUCCUAAGGAUCCUGCAGUCUAUUUGGAGAGUGAAAACAUAUGCUUAUGAAAAGGAAAGCAGGAAUGGAAUAUUAUAUGGAAUGUCAGAUGAGUAUAAUUCAAGUCAGUAUCACAAGUGAUAGUUCCCAGCUUGGUGCCAGAUGUUAGAGGCCUGUUAGGCCAGUGACAGGAAUGUAGACUUUAUUCUGGACAGCAGGGAACCAUACAAAAUCUCCCCUCCCUGCUUUGGUUCUGAUUAUGUCACAGUUCUAGCAUCUUUCAUGAAACUAGUUCUUGCACUGAGCAUAUUAGACUGAAAUUAUGUGUUAAUAAGUGCCUAGAUGAAUAUAAAUAAAAUGAAUAUAAAUCUAAAUUUACAAUUGAUAAAAUGAAAUACUUUAGUGUACAUGUUAGGUUAUGUCCUCCUGGCAGAAAAGGAAGAUAUUUAAAGAACUAUCCUUUACACAGCAAGUCUUGUAUAUUAGCGGUGAUUUUUGUAAAGUGCCUGGUCUUUUGAGCAUCUACAGACUUUCAGAGUAUAAGGGGAGAUUGCCUUUUGUGUAACCAAAUUUCUAAUACCAGCAAUAUUUAUGGAGGUUCUGUAUUUUUAUGGAAGGCGAGAUGACUUUUCCAUGAAUACAUUUGUUGAUUAUUGUUUCUUUAUUUGCUUUAAAAUUUAUAAUUCUAGAUACAUAUAAAAGAAUGUAGGCCGGGCGCAGUGGCUCACGCCUGUAAUCCCAGCACUUCGGGAGGUCAAGGUGGGUGGAUCACGAGGUCAGGAGAUCGAGACCAUGGUGAAACCCCAUCUCUACUAAAAAUACAGAAAAUUAGCUGGGCGCGGUGGCGAGUGCCUGUAGUCCCAGCUACUCGGGAGGCUGAGGCAGGAGAAUGGUGUGAACCUGGGAGGCGGAACUUGCAGUGAGCUGAGAUUGCGCCACUGCACUCCAGCCUGGGUGACAGAGCAAGUCUCCGUCUGAAAAAAAAAAAGUAUUAAAUCCAUAUACAAGUUAUAAAGGAUAAUAUGAUGACCAUGCUUGAACCCAGUUGCCAACCAGGUAUAACAAAUAUUACAAAUAACAACUUUGACCUCAUCUCUCAUCCUCCCACUACUUCCCCUGGAGGUAACCAUUGCCUUGAAAUGUUGCUUGCUUGGCAUUAAAAUUCCUUAUGCUUUUCUGGUCCUUACACUAAUACUGCAAGUUUUGCUUGACUUUCCCAUUUGAUCCUCUUUGAGGUCACUAGUGCAUUAUUUUAUAAACAAGAACAUAUAGUCACAUGGAUUAUUAAGUGGUUCACUAAUCUUACUCUAUUCUUUCCUUUAAUGCUAGGAUACUUUUGCCUUGUUUUUCAAUUUCCUUAGUAAGGAAUUGUAUCUUAAAAUUAUCCUAUUAAUUUUUUAUAUACCAAACCUAGAAUAAUACUGUGUACAUAGUUGGUGUUCAAUAAUUAUUUGUUCAAUUAAUUUUUUUUCCUGCAAAUAUGGAGGCAGUAGAAAAAAGAAAAAAAUUACUUCUAUUUUUCUUAACAUAGGACAGGGAAACUUGGAAAAGGAAAGGGCUUAAUGGAGAACUUCCUUUUUCUUAACCACACUAUUGGGUGUUUUAGAGACAGCCAAAUAGAGAAAGUUCUCUCCAGAGGAGCUGAUUCUUUCAUCCCAAAGAAUGCAACAGAAUUGUUUACAUUUUGGCAUUGAGCCUUCUAGUCAGUUUUUUUUCCUGUAACUAACUAUACUACACAUGUGUAUGAUAUAUUAAUAUAAAUGAGCAUAUAUGAUUUGGCACCUUUCCCAAAGUACUAUCCUUCAAGCAUAUUUUAUGUUUAUUUUUUUGACAUUAGUUUUAAUAGCUGCACAGUAUUUCAUUAUGCAUAAACCAUUUUUGUCUUUUUUCUUCUUUUAAGACAGGGUCUCUCUCUGUUGCUCAGGCUGGAGUGCCAUAACAGGAUCAUGGCUCACUGCAACCUCUUCCUCCCUGGCUAAAGUGAUCCUCCUGCCUCAGUCUCCUGAGUAGCUGGGACUACAGGUGCACACCACCACACCAGAGUAAUUUUUGUAUUUUCUGUAGAGAUGGGACCAUGUUGCCCAGGCUCUCUUAAACUCUUGGGCUCAAGUGAUCUGCCUACCACGGCCUCCUAAAGUGUUGGGAUUAUAGGCAUGAGCUACCGUGCCAGGCUGAUAAAACCUAUUUUUAGUGAAACUCCUGCUCUUCAACAUAUUUCCAAUUUUUAGCCACAAUAAACAAAAAUAUGAUGUUAAAAUAGAAUCAAUAGAGUAAGAUUUUAUAUAUUAUUAAAUAUAUGAUGAAAAUGAUGGUGGUAAUCUAGAUGAGGACCAGAUUUCAAACUUGGAUAAGCAGAGCUGUGAGGAUAAUGAGGCCAGUCUUGGUCCUGCUGGGUUUGAGCCACCUGUGGAAUACUUAGUUCAUACAGUAUUUGGAAGACUAAUUACUGCACUUCUUGUUAUAGACUGAUUUACCCUCCUCCCUGCUGCAUAUGUUGAAGUCCUUGAAAAUAUGACUGCAUUUAGAGUUAGGGUCGUCAAAGAUAUAAAAUGAAGUUAUUGAGGUGGGUCUGAAUCCAGUCUGACUGGUGUCCUUAUAAGUAAAGAAGACUGGACACACACACACAGAAAAGAUAAUGUGAAAGACACAGGGAGAACACAGUUACUGACACACCAUGGAGAGAGACCUCAGAAGAAAUCAACCCUGCUCACAGGGUUAAUCUUAAGAGUUGUAGCCUCCAGAAUUGUGAAAAAAUAAAUGUUUAAGCCACUCAGUCUGUGGUACUUUGUUAAGGCAGCCCUAGCAAACGAAUACACAUCUCAAACAUUUUCAUUCUGGGAUUAUUUUUCUCUGCAUUUUUUCAGUGUUAUGUCUGCUUCCCUACCCUAGAAAGACAGACAUACAGAACACAGAUGCCCGCCCACACCUACUGUGUGCUGUAGGGAAGAAAACAGCUUUCCCUUCUACCCAUCUGAAAUUCAUUGGCUGGGGCCCUGUAACAAAAGACAGAUUAACAAGAGAAAAGCAUAUACAUUUGAUAUGGUUUGGAUCUGUGUUCCCACCCAAAUCUCAAGUUCAGUUGCAAUCCCAAGUGUUGGAGGUGGGGUCUGGUAGGAGGUCAUUGGACCACAGGGGUGGUUUCUCAAGGUUUAAUACCACCCUCUUGGAGCUGUUGGGAUAGUGAGUUUUGUGAUCUGGUUGUUUAAAAGGGUAUGGUACCUCCACCUUCUCUCCCCCUUGCUUCUGCACCACCACGUAAGAUGCCUUGCUUCCCAUUUGCCUGCCGCCAUGAGUAGAAUCUCCCUGAGGUCUCCCCAGAAGCAGAAGCUGCUACGCUUCCUGUACAGCCUGCGGUUUUAUGAGCCAAUUAAACCUCUUCUCUUUAUAAUUA